AGACAUUUUAUUUAUCGCCACGUGAGAUUUGGUACCUCUCUGUUGCCGUAGACAAAACCGCACGCAUGCGCAUUUCCGUUUCUUUCGGAGCAGCAAUGGCGUCCCCCUUUGCAGUGUGCAGGUUGAAGGGAAGGGGCAUCCUGGUGAAGUGUCUACAGAAGGUCGAUCCAUUUCUUCACAGGAAUAUUGGAACAGACGUUGUCGCUGCCCGAGAAAGGCAUGGAUGCAAAUCUUUGUAUGCUGUCCAGGCGGAGGGACAAGAACAAGCAGAGAGAUCCGUUCUUAUCAGCUGCCACUCCAGAACCAAUGAGAAAAAGUUCCUCAAGUAUAUAUCAAGACAUGGAGAUAUCAAGAAAUACUUUUUUUAUGAAAGUUAUGGCUUGUAUGCCGUGGUUGAAUUUGCCAACCGGGAAAGUGUUGCCUCGUUGUUUGAAGGGGCUGCCAUCCCUAGCGUCAGCCAUGAAUCCAUGGUGCCUUUUAAAUCCAGGCUGCUGUCAUUAAGGAACAUCGGCUUAGCGGACUCAACAAACCAGCAAUCGGGCCAACAGUGCCAACCACAAACGCCCAUUCCCAUCAACGAGCUCAUACAGAGACUGUCCAAAGAGGAGAGUAUAGACCAACAGAUAACCUCCCUGACAGAUGUCUAUCAGCUCACACAGGAGAACAGCCGACUGCGUUUCCUCGUCUGCUCUCUGCUCAAGGACAUUGCUGCUGCAUACUUCCCAGAAUGCACCAUCAAGCCAUUUGGCUCAUCAGUGAAUGGCUUUGGAAAGCUGGGCUGUGACCUGGACAUGUUCCUGGACCUGGAUGGCAUCAGUGGGAGAAAUGCAUCAAUGCCAAAAUCCGGUCUGUCCCUGGAGUAUCAGAUGAAGAGGGCCAGCUCGGAGCGGGCCGUCACCCAGAGCAUCCUGUCCGUCAUCGGGGAGUGCGUGGACCAGUUUGGGCCGGGGUGUGUGGGGGUGCAGAAGAUUCUCAACGCACGAUGCCCCCUGGUCCGUUUCGCCCACCAGCCCUCUGGUUUUCAGUGUGACCUCACAGCAAACAACAGGGUUGCAAUGAAGAGCACGGAGCUGCUCUACCUGUACGGAGAGCUGGACCCGCGGGUCCGUUGUCUAGUGUUCACGGUGCGCUGUUGGGCCCGAGCUCACGGCAUCACCAGCAGCAUCCCCGGCGCCUGGAUCACCAACUUCUCCCUCACUGUCAUGCUGCUGUUCUUCCUGCAGAGGAGGAGCCCUCCCAUUAUCCCCACCCUGGACCACCUCAGGGACCUCGCAGGUCCCGCCGACAAGAGCGUGAUUGAGGGGAACGAUUGCACGUUUGUCAGCGACUUCAGCAAGAUCCAGCUCCAGAGCAACACGGAAACACUCGAGCAACUUCUGUGCGAAUUCUUUGAGUUCUACGCCACCUUUACAUUCAGCAGGAUGUCCAUAAAUAUCAGAAAGGGCAAAGAGCAGAACAAGCCUGAGGUAGCCCCGCUGCACAUCCAGAACCCGUUUGAAACCUCUCUGAACGUCAGCAAGAACGUUAACGCCACACAGCUGGACCGCUUCGUGGCUUUGUGUCAGGAGAGCUCCUGGCUUCUCCAGCAGAGUGAAACCAACGCACCCAGAGGUGGUAAUAAAGAAAAGGCUUCCAAACCUUGGGGACUCGCUACCCUCCUCCUGCCCUCCCAGGUUGCAGGGAUCAAAAGUCGCAAGAAAAGGAAACGGGAGCCAGCCAGUGAGAGGAUCAAGAGCUUGCUGGAAUCCUUGAAGAAUACCAAUCAGCAACAGAAAAGCUAAGAAUCUCAGAAAUCCACUCCAUCCUCUUGCUAUCACUUAAAGUCAUGCAUUGGUGGACAUCUUCUGGUGUUAUUGUCUGCUGCCUCACCGAGGAGGCGAGGAGAGGCUUCUGCAGUUAAAUUCAUCUGCUGGACUAUAGUUCCAAACAUGGACACUGGAGGGUGUUACUGAGGCCUGUACAGUAUGUGCAUAUGUUUGGGACCUGGAAUAAGGGAGUGAUUACUGUGUACUUUACUAUAGACUUGCCUGCUCUGUUGUAAUUAAAGCCAGUGCUGAGGAAACUGAUGCAAGUCCUGCCAGACGCUCUUAAGGAGCUAAGACUGUAGAUUCACAGGUUAAUUUGAUUCAAAAUGUGUUAUACAUGGAUGUUUUUAUUUACACUGAUCACUAACAUCUGUUAACAUCUCAAACAAAAUCAUUAUGGAUAUCUUUUUUUGUAUUAAUGUUACAAUACAGAUGGAAUAAUGAAGCUUUUAUUGCAAACGGAAAA